GGUUGUGAAAGAACAAGAACAUGUAUCUGACUUUCCACUGAAGAUUAUAGACAGUCGAUUAUUGAACGUAAACUGCAGAGUACCGACCAUAGACUAUUGAAUAAUACUGUAAAUUAUAGACUGUACAUUAUUGAAUGACCACUGUAGAUUAAAGACUGUAAAUUGUGGAUUAUAGACAAUAGAAAAAUAUUGUAGAUUAUAGACUAUGGAAUAACACUGUCAAUUUUAGACUGUGGUUUAUUGAAUGCAAACUGUAGAUUAAAGAUUAUAGAUUUUAGAAUAAGAACUGUAUGAACUGUAGAUAAGGGAUUACAGCUUCGUUGAACUUUCUCUGGGGCGCGGUCUGUAAACUCACAACUUCCGAGUGAACCGCAGUAUCAGAGGGACGCUGCUCUUGGAACCUGAGAUGGAGCCACCACCUCGACCAACAAUCUUUGACUUCCACGGAGUCUACAUGAUCAAAUACUUCACUGAAAACUGGGACAACAUCCAAAGCUUCGAAGCGAGACCAAGUGAUAUUGUCAUAGCUACUUAUCCUAAAGCAGGGACAACAUGGGUCUCUUACAUCCUGGAUCUGCUGUAUUUUGAGGAAAUGGGUCCCGAGCGAAUGGCAUCCAUCCCCCUUCAUGAGAGAGUGCCUUUCCUGGAGUUCAGCUCAUCUUUUCAUCACAAAGGCAAAGACCUGGCGGACCAGCUACCUACUACGCCUCGUCUAAUUAAAACUCAUCUACCAAUUCAGUUUGUGCCAAAGUCCUUCUGGGAGCAGAACUGCCGGAUUAUCUACGUCGGUCGUAACGCAAAGGACUCGGCAGUGUCCUAUUUUCAUUUUAACCGGAUGAACUUAGUCCAGCCAGAUCCAGUUAACUGGAGCACCUUCCUGCAGGAUUUCGAGCAGGGAAAGAUGGUGUUUGGUUCUUGGUAUGACCACGUGAACGGCUGGUGGGAGAAGAAACAGACAUAUUCCAAUAUUCACUACAUGCUCUAUGAAGACCUGACUGAGGACCCGGGACAAGAGAUAGACAAGCUUUGCUCCUUCCUCGGUUUGUCUCCUUCGGCCGAAAAGAAGGAAAGAGUCGCAACUGGAGCGAAGUUUGACAACAUGAAACAAGACAAAAUGGCAAAUUAUUCCACUAUUAAAGUGAUGGACCAAAAGGUGUCUCCUUUUAUGAGAAAAGGGAAAGUUGGUGACUGGAAGAACCACUUCACUGUGGCUCAGAAUGAAGAGUUUGACGAAGACUAUAAGAAAAAGAUGAAGAAUCCCACACUGAAGUUUCGCAAUGAGAUUUAGAAGUCUGACCCCUUUGCUUAAUGAAACAUUCCUGAACAGGUAUUUUAUCAAAUAGCGUGAGCCAGAUGUUUAAUUUAGAGAUUUGGCAACAGAUAGAUAGAUAGAUAGAUGGAUACUUUAUUAAUCCCUUGGAAAAUUUAGGUCAUCAAGUAGCUUAUUGAUGGAAUGAGGUGAUUGUGUCAGUGUCUAGUAUGAAAGUGUUCUUGUGCUGCUGGAGUGGAUAGUACAAAAAGAUAUAUAUGUAUCUAAAACCAACAAAAUAUAUAUAUAUAUAUAUAAAUAUAUAAGAAUAUGAAGUGGUAAAAGUCUUUGCAUGGGGCUAGUAUAGUCAGUAAAGGGAUGGUUUAUAUAACAAGACAAUUAUGUCUGAUUACAUAAAUAUAUAAAUUAUUAAAGUUGGACUUUUACUGAUAUACUCAAUCAUUUCAUUUUAGUUUGUAGAGCUCAUUUCAUACAGAAGUAGUCUCAAUGUGCGAAGAAUAUAGGAAACAUUAAAGGAAUGAUACUCUGAACCUAUGAAAUAACCAACAGCAGAUGUAUGAGACACAAACACACACACACACACCCACACACACAAACACACACAUACACACACACACACACACACACACUAACCAAUUAACUACCUGAAGCCAGAGAUGUUAGUUAAAUAUUUUAAAUUAGCUUUUGAAAGAAAAAACAAUUGGCACAGGCCUCAUCUCAGAUCAGAGAUAAUGGUCAUGGUGACUACAUGUAUCUUCACCUGAAUUAUUAAUAAAAUAAGGAGACACAUGCUCGCGGAUCUGAGGGAUCCGGCUGUGUUAUUGUAACUGAGCAGGUUAGAAAUGUAUCAGGGAGCCGUACCAUUCAGGGUCUUGUAAACAAAUGGAAAUACUUUGAAAUCCAUUCAGUACUGUACCAGCAGCAACAGUCUCUUUGUCAAAAUUGAUUUAAUAGAAAUGUACUGUGUCUACUGUUAAGCUGUGAUCUCAUGGUCCUGAAAAAAAUGUUGGCCUCCAUAAAGGAACUAACCUAUUCA